UCCGAGCCGCAGGUAUUACAAUAAUAAUAAUAUUAUAGUGUACAAUAUAGUCUGAAUGAGAAAACCACCGAGUCGUCCGACGACAUAUUAUACUAGCAUUUUCCGUUUGCAAUUCGAGAGGCGACCACUUACUAUACCUCGGUAUACCCCACUACAGCUGCGACAUUUUUGCAGACAAGAUGCUGUCAUCACUCGGCCGCUUUCAGCUUUUUCUCCUUUGCCUGCUGCAGGUAUCGUACUACGUGUCAUCGACUCAAGUGAACUCAUUCGACGAUUUAUUUCGCGGCAAAAUUUCAGAAAACUACGAAUCUACAAUGGACUCUUCUCUCGUCAGCGUUAACGAAUCUGUGACGUUUUGGUUGUAUACAAAAGUGCGCCCCAACAACAGUCGCAGGCUGGUGCCAGACGACCUGCAAUCUUUGAAAUCGUCGGGCUUUGAUGGCGGAAAACCGACCAAAAUCGUGAUUCACGGUUGGUUGGGCGACAGCGAAGACGACCAGAGCGUCUGUUUGACUUUGAAGACCGAAUAUUUCGCGUUGUACGAUUACAAUGUGGUGUGCGUGGACUGGAGCGUGGUUGCGUUGGAUUUUGCUUACUUUACGGCCCGGCUGCGGUGCAAGGACAUCGGAAACUAUGUAGCUGAAAUGAUAAUGACGAUGACGGAAAACACGCCUCAGACCAACGACGAUGUACACAUAAUUGGUUUUAGCAUGGGAGCCCACAUCGCUGGUUAUGCCGGUAAACGUCUUGAGGGAAACGUGCACAGGAUCACUGGCUUGGAUCCUGCUAAACCGAUGUUCUCCAUCAAACGACCAGCCGAGAGACUCGACAGAACAGAUGCGCAAUUCGUGGACGUAGUGCAUACGACACGUCUGGUGAUGGGGCAGCACAAGCCGAUAGGAAUUAUCGAUUUCUAUCCGAAUGGUGGCAACACGAAACAACCGGGCUGUGGAUACGAUUACGUGUACGGCGAGGUGUGUAGUCAUUAUAGAGCCUAUGAGUUGUAUGCUCGGUCCAUUCGGUCCAAAGACGAAUUCAAAUCGAUCAAAUGCGACAGUUGGAAAGAUUACGAGCAGUCCAAAUGCGAAGAUCCCGAGAAUUACACGUACAUGGGCGAAUUCGCAAAUUCGAGUUAUUCGGGCAAAUAUUAUUUGUCGGUUGUGUAAGCCGUGGCGCUGUUCGUAUCGAUAUAUCGUAGAAGUAUUGUUCAACAUUAAAAAAAAAAAAAUUGAUUUGUUUGUAUACUAACUAUAGUAUAUAUUAUA